AGGCUGCAAGUCGUCGAGUCUGCAUGCGAGAAGAUUCGUAAUGACACUAGAAAACAGCACGUAGACGCAGCUCAGAAGGGAAAUCUGUCUGUAGUUCUUCAAGAGAGCGUUGUCUCCUUUCUUGAAGAACAAGACCACCGCACUUCCGCUCCACGCCUCCACCACCAUGGAGGACGGAAUUCAAGAGUUUCUAAAGGACUUCAAGUACCGGUUUUAACCCGCUUUUAGAAACUGCGCUGUAAUUCCAUUCUCAUCUGGAGCCUUGCCAUUUUUAAGAUGCUGGAGAGCCUUUUUAAUCUCGCUCAACACUGAUGUCCAGAAUAUCAUCGGAAUAGUGUCGGAUAAGACUUGCUCUUAGAUCGUUACUGUCACUUGCGUGUAGCUCCAACGGUGACGUGUAAAGCUACCCACAGAAUCUCUCAAUCUCACUCAAAAUUUCAGGUUGCCCGGAAACGACGCUGCCACAUUCAGUCUCCAGCUUCGACAGUCGGUUCUUUCUAGCAGACAGAUCUCUAGCAAAGGCUUUGCUCGUAUUGAAGAAGCGAUCGAGCGGAACCCGCGCUCGAUCGCUUCUUAAAGCAAUAUUAAAGUUGUGUAAGUCCUGCCGCAUGUAUUUGGAGAUCUGUCUGUUCUGAUCUGUCAAAUCUACUGAAGAAUGAAGCUUUAUUUCCCAUCUAACAGCCAUGAGAUUAAGAGAGUGAUCGAACAGCUUUGUGUUUUUCUACGGCGGGUCUUGCAAAACUUAGCUCCGACCGCAUGGACAGUUUCUAUGAGCUUAUCAUUCAUAUCGUCCACUGCAUUGCAAUCAUCUUCAUUAGACGUGACCUCUCCAACUUAACGUUUAGGUUCAGUGUGCCUCUCACGAUUCACUGAACAGUUGUCGUCUGUUCGUCAUAAUGAAGUCAAUCUCAUUUUUUUCGAACCGUCGGAACCGGGACUCAUCCAGGUCCAAUUCCUAUAGAAGCACUUCUGGAAGAAAGAGUUCAUCAUAAAGAAUCCCUCUUUCUCCACGAAGUCGGCCAACUGCUGGCCCCUUGGGUUCCGUUGCCCUAUUACACAUCGCCCUACCUUCAGCUCAUCGUUCUCUCUUGUGCCUAGUUUUGCGUUGAAGUCUCCCAUUAACACCGUAUGGUGUGUUUUGGAGGAAUACUUGGCUCUAGAUAUAUCCUCAUAAAUUUCCUCCAUCUCAGCUGGAUGUGCUGAGGUUGUUGCGUAAACCUGUAUGACCUUCAGCGAAUACCGUUUGGUGAUCCUGAAUAUAAGGUACGCAACCGUCCUCGAUAUACUCUCAAUCUUUACAACGUUGUUAACAAGAGACUUGUGGACGACAAAUCCGACACCUCCUUGGGACAGAUGGUCGCCCUCCCGGUGAUAGAACAAGUUGCCAGAUUCGAGGAUUAUCGUGUUCUCCCCCUCUCUUCGCACCUCGGUUAAUCCUAUAAUAAUACAGCGCUACUUGUCUAUCUCUUCUUCCUGCUCCAGGAUCUUCUCAUCAGUCCUCAGGGAGCGUGCGUUAUAUGUUAUCAGGUCGAGUCGUCCUAGGUGCAACCGAACUUCCACCGGAGAUUCUUAGCACCCCCUGCCCAGCCGUUACCAUGAUCGCCACCGUAGCCGUAGGAAUAGCAGGGGCGCCGGGGACUGGGGGCCGUCUCUUCAUAACUUUAAUCAUGGGGGGUAUAUUGAAAUAGUUCCCACGCUUGGCGAGUGGGUUGGCAACCGCAGUUUUUUAUUAUUAUUUUGCUGUUAUCAGGAAGAUGCUGCUGCCCAUCUUCUGCCUCAGUUUCCCUUUGUCUCCUCUUACGACACCCACCGGAAGAUAUGGGGUAGCGUGUAUUCUUACCCGCCACUACACGGGGAGGCUCUACUACAUAUAGAUAAUACAAUAAUAAUUUGGACGCCUUGUUACAGACUGGCUAACAGUGACGUGGGCUCAAAGUGGCAUACACCUGCAACCAGAUGGCGCCGCAGAAGACGACGCCGAUUCGAUCAGGAACCGGUGUGGACGAGCCGGUAGCUUGGCAGCUACGCCGGGUGAGAAACUAAUGGAAUUACUGCGACCGAGUGUGGGCACUCCUCGCAGACACUCCACGGCCGCCUGUGCAUCAGCACAGCAGCAGAGACCCACCGGCUUUGUAUAUUGCCCAUCAGAUGCAUUACCUUACUGUCCGCCAUCAAGACUGGCACCGCCUAGACCUCAUAUAAAGCUACAAGCACCGCCACAAAUACAGCCGCCGGUGCAACCACAGCCACCACCCGUGCCACAACGAAUAGCACCUGUGGUCACCCCGGCACCACUCCCAGUACCACCUCCGGCACCGCCACGACGCUCUUCACCUCAACCGCCACGUCGGGUACCACCACCGACCCCACCGAGACCAAUACAGACCGCACCUCCCACCGACCCAAAUGGCAACCGCCGGACAGUCCCGCCAAUACCGACUCAACCGCGUCUCGAUUGCAACAAAAACCCUCAACCACCAGUGCCAAAAAGACCUCCUCAAAAGAUACCGGACACUCUAUUCACUCCCCCGUCGAGCCAAAUGAAACAGUCACCGAGUUCCGGCUCAAAUAUAAGUGUACGACAGGACUCGAACGUGUCUUCAGAUUCAUUCAGCCAAACAUCUUCACCGUCGUAUACAACGAAGACAAUGGAGGCGCCACUGCUGCCUCAUCAGCACGUGAAUAAAAGCUUGAACGCGAAAAUUGCGCGCGGACUUUUGUUAAAAGAGCAACAAGAGAAGGAGUCCGGGAAUUCCUCGAUAACGAAGAGUAUGUCAACACCGGCAUCGUUGCAGACCAUCGUCAGGUUCCAAAAUGGCAGCAACAUGUCAUUACAUCAUCGGAUGCUACGAGAUAUGCGUGGCACCAGCAGCGAGGGUUCACCACACAGGUUUCGACUGAUGCAGCUAGCGCUUAACGCGGUAGCACUGCUUGCAAUAACAGGCGCAUUGUUCGCCUACUUCCAAGCCAACCCAGCCGUACAGUACGUUUCACAAGUGGUUAACCGGUCAACUAUCGUGACGUGGCCUGCGCCUACAGAGCCACCCGGCUCGAGGAACCCGGCACCGGGCGUGUGCUUGCCGGUCAUCGUCACGUUCUGCCAACAGCACCGAAUCUCUUACAAUUUCACGGUGUUCCCCAACUACAUUGGACACUUCGGGCAAAGAGAUGCCCAGCAGGACUUAGAAAUAUAUGAUGCUGUGGUGGAUGUCCGCUGCUAUGAGCUGACUGCCCUGUUCCUCUGCUCACUGUUCGUGCCGAAGUGCGGUCCACUUGGGCACAUGGUGCGGCCGUGCAGAAGUCUCUGUCAAGAAACCAUGCGGCGCUGUGGAUUUUUUCUCGAAGUAUUCGGGCUGUCGAUGCCGGAUUAUCUACAGUGCGAGAUAUUCCCAGAGUCCACUGACACGGACGUGUGCCUCGGAAAUCGGGAGGUCAAGGAGGCGCGGUUCAGAGCCGCUAAGCCGGUCUGCCCAAGCGGCUUCCAGUGUGACGUGAAACGGUGCAUCCCGCAUGACUGGCGAUGCGAUGGUCAUGUGGACUGCGCCGACCGCUCUGACGAGCUAAACUGCCGCGUCUGCAAACACAGCGGCGACGUGCACUGCGGCAACCAGCGCUGCAUCUCGCAGUCACAUCUCUGCGACGGACGGGUAGACUGCCCCUGGGGACAGGAUGAGAGGAACUGCUUGCGGCUAAGCGAGGCCAACGGCGACGUGGGGCGAGGUGAACUGCAAGUGUACCGCGCCGCUAACCAAUCCUGGUUCCCCGCCUGCAUCUCCACACUAGAUGACAGCACCGCCACCAAGCUCUGCUCCAUGCUCGGAUAUUCUUUGGUGAACCGGAGCACUACAGUGGGCGGCAAAGGUUAUCGCGCCGGUCGCAUACACUCGCCGCACAUAGUGGCGCCGGAACACGCGUUGCACAUCGUACACACGGGGCACGUGCACGGCGUCGCACAGUCGUACCGGGCCUUCCAGCGCCGCGAAGGUGGACUGCUUCGAGAGCUAAAGGACUGCAGGCACGACUCCGCUAGGAUACACCUCAUCUGCAACAACUACGAGUGUGGAAAACGUCGGACAAUAGGCGGGGGAACGAAACGCAUCGUGGGCGGUGUGGAGGCGUCGCCCGGAGACUGGCCGUUCCUCGCUGCAAUACUCGGCGGGCCCGAGGAAGUGUUUUACUGCGCGGGAGUCCUUGUCGCUGACCAAUGGGUGCUGACGGCUUCGCAUUGCGUCGGCAACCACUCGGACGUGAGCGGCUGGACGAUCCAGCUAGGAAUCACAAGAAGACGUUCGCACGCAUACUACGGUCAAAAGGUGAAGGUGCGCCGCGUGGUGCCCCACCCCCUAUACAACAUCGGAGUCGCACAUGACAACGACAUCGCUCUUUUCCAACUGGCGGUACGUGUGCGCUACCACGAGCAGUUGUCACCAGUGUGUCUGCCUCCGGCGCAGCGCUCGCUGGAGCCGGGCACGCUCUGCACCGUCAUCGGCUGGGGCAAGCGCGACGACAAAGACAUGUCCGAAUACGAGCCAGCAGUGAACGAAGUGGAAGUGCCGGUGCUGAGCCGAGAGCUGUGCAACCAGUGGCUGGAACACCGCGACCUCAACGUCACAUCGGGGAUGAUCUGCGCCGGUUACCCUGAAGGCGGAAAGGAUGCAUGCCAGGGUGACUCCGGCGGGCCGCUGCUCUGCAGGGACCCGGACGAGCCGGCGCGCUGGUACGUGGGCGGCAUCGUGUCGUGGGGCAUCAAGUGUGCGCACCCGCGCCUGCCCGGCGUGUACGCGUACGUGCCCAAGUACAUACCGUGGAUAGAACGCCAGAUACAACUGUACAACGACGACAACGCCCCGUCGGAGGGUGACAUCUGAGAGCGGAUCUCUGUCUAGCAAGUAUUGAUCACCCGGCAGCAUCACGGGAACGAUAUUUAGAUAGGUAAUGUGUUUCACCAUUCUGCCAUUCAAUAUUUGAACGAUCAGUAACACUCAAUCGUUUUUCAGGUAUUUGCAGGACAAAAUAACUUUAUUUUUUGAUAACUGAUUAAAUCUAAAUAAUCCUAUCAUUAAUACGAACUAAUUUGAUAGGAUAGCAUUUUGUUACAGCAAUCAUCUAUUCCAUUUUUAAGCAUUAUUUAAAUGUAUUUCCACAUAACGAUGUUUUUGUAAUAGCAGCUCUGCUACCACUUCUGUCCUAAGACCUAAUACUGAGUAUGCAGUCGUUACAAAUAUUUUAUUGUUUUUAACCGACUUCAAAAAGGAGGAAGUUCUCAAUUCGAGUGUAUGAUUUUUUUGUAUUUAUGUUACGCGAUCUUUUAUAGGUUAUACUUCAAGGCUGAUCCCAUAUAAAUUUGGAGAAAUGAAUUCCACCCUUAAUAGUAAGCAAAUAAAUAACUUUCUUUUUAGCCAUUUAAAUUCGGUUUUAACUUUUUGUUAAAAGUUAUAAUUAUUAAAUGAUUAAAGAUUAAUUAUUUUUCACGUUUUGAAUAGCUAAUUAAAUAUUUUUAUAGGUAAUAGAGAAUUCAUUUUUAUUACAAUAAACUGUCAGAAACUUACAACAGAUAACACCAACAAAUACACUAACGACCAC